CCCCCGCCGCCGCCGCCCCCACGUUCACAGCCAGGCCAGCGUGAAGUACAGGAAGCAGCCGGAGGUUUAGGGGCAAGGCGAGGAGAACGCCCACGUCACCGCCAGCGGCACGAAGAGGAGGAGGAGGAGCCUGGAGCAGCAUUAGCGCUACUACCACCACCACAGCCACCACCACCACCACCACCACUUGCAGGAGAGGUAUCGGUACCAGGUGCGGAGGACACAGCCCCUCAGCCGCCGGGCGGGAUUAGAGUUGAAUACAGCAUUAACAACAACGUUAACAAUAGCCACAACAGUAGGAUCCGGCCGCAGCCAGCAUUGCUACCACCGCCGCCACCGGCAGGAAGGGGUGGUAGCGACACCGCCCUCGGGUUCAGGGCAAGGAGAAGGGGUGGACAAGCGCCAGCAGCAGCAGCAGCAGCAGCCGGUGGGUGGGGGGGUGCAUUAGAGGCGUGCCCUCCCUGGGGCCGCUCGGGGGACUCCGCCGCCCAAGACCCACAACAGCAGCAAGGCAUGCCAUCGCUGACUGGGGACGGGAGCGGCCGGGUCGCGUCGCUGACGAGCCUGUGCCUUGAGGCGAUGGUGGCGGCCUGGGAGUCUCACGGCGUGACCAGCGGCGGGGGCGGCGGCAGGGGGGGGGACUUGCCCGGGGCGUACCACAUGCCUCACGAGCUGUGCGCGCGGCUGCUGCGGCUGCUGGUGUCGUCCAAGAAGCUCACGGCCUUCACCCUGUCAGGGUUCUUGAGCCCCGCCGCCUUGGAGGUGGACCUCUCCGGCUGCUCUUACGUCCCAAAGAGCGUCUUCAAGCAGCUGGGCUUCAGCUGCCCUCGGAUCGUUCACCUCAACCUCAGCAUGUGCUCGCAGGUGAAUAACGCCAUAGUGCGGAGCGUGCUGCAAGGCUGCUCGGCCCUUCGGCAGCUCUACCUGGACGGGUGCAGGCACGUGACGGACGCGGGUUUCCACCUCCAGCAGUCGCCUUUCUACGUCCUCCUCGGGGCCGUUUCGCUCGAGACCAUCAGCGUCCAGGGCUGUCCGCAGGUGACGGGCGAGCUUGUGCUUCACCUCCGCAAGGUUUGCCGCAACCUCAAGGAGCUGGACCUGGCCCGCUGCAAGAGCGUCACCACCCUCUCGGUGAGGCGGCUGUUCGACUCCUGCCCCAGCCUCGAGUCCCUCAACCUGUCGUUCCUGGAAGGAGUCGCGGAUGAAGCUUUCGAGGGCUUGCCCGCGAUGGACAUGGGCGUGGCCGUCGCUCCGUCGAGCGCCACGGGCGGCCCGCCGAACGAAGAGCCUCCUCUCUCUGCAUCACGCGUGGUCUCGCCGCAACCCCAGGACCUCCACGGCAACGCCGCGGAAGCAGCGGCAGCGGCGGCUGCUGCAGCAGCAGCAGCAGCAGCAGCAGCAGCAGUGGGGGAAGGGAGAUUUGGGAUGCAGGAUGAGCGGCAGCGGCAUCAGCCGGACUAUGGUGGACCACCGUUUCUGCCGUCUGCUACUGCUGCUGCUGCUGCUGCUGCUGCCGCUGCUGCUUGCGCCGCUGGUGGUGGCGUCACCGUCACGGUCCCGGUGGCGCCAAUGUCGUCGUCUUCGUCGCUGCCCUCGCUGCGGCACCUCAACCUAGGCCGUUGCGGGGGAGUCACGGACCUCGCGCUCGCCAGGGUGGCCGGAGCCUUCCCGGCACUGGAGGGGUUGCACUUGGAGCACUGCCUCGGAGUGACGGACGCCGGGGUCGCCGCCCUGUCUGCAGGCUGCCGAGGGCUUAGGGCCCUGAGCCUCAGGAACUGCGGGCAGAUCACCGACAGCGCUCUGGAGGCGUUGUCCGUGAGCUGCCCGUCGCUGGAGUGGUUGGAUGUGUCGUGGUGCGGAGGUGUGACAGACCGGGGUUUCGAGCGGCUCGCGGAGGGAUGUCCGGGGCUUGAGGAGGUGGAAGCGGUGUGGUGCGAGGGCAUCACCGACGCGACCCUCUUGACCCUGUCGAGAGUUUGCGCGCACCUGGAGGCCGUGCACAUCGCGUUCUGCGAGGGAGUCUCCGCGGCCGCGGCCGCCGCUCUGCGCGCCACCGGCGUGGAGGUGGUAGUCUUGCCGCGAUGACGGUGCGGUGGUCCGUUCGUCGUCCCUGCUUGCCCGGGGUGUACAAUAUGAUGUGCACGCAUGCCGCAGUCGUUUCCUUUAACCUCGCACCCCUACAACACCAGGACGGAGCGGUUUGUCGGGUUCUCGUCGUUGCUUAAUUGCAUGAGUGUGUCUUUUUGGUUCUGAUUGUUGAUCUUGGAGGACUGUCUUUCACUCAUUUGUUUUUUUUCAUCCUAUUUAUGCUAUUGUUAUAGACGUCGGUCCGUAUCCAAUAUUACAUUUUCGAGUUGUGACUUUUGUUUUUUUGGCGUUUGGCUUGUGUUGCCGUUCGCUGUUUGACCUCACGGGGUUCCUGGUUUCCUUUGUUUCAUCCGGGAAGGAGACUUGGCAAAGAGUGCGUGGUGAAGCGGGCGGUGUCAAAUGUAAAUACCCUUUGGUCCAGGGUUUUGGCAUGCUGUUUAGGCCGCAGGCAAUUAGUCAUAUUGUUUCCUCCCAUGACUGCUCUCGUGCGGCUGUCUAGUUUUUUGUUUUUGUUUUUUGUUUUUUCUCCCAU